CUGAGCUCCGCGCAGGACAUAAUGACAGUGUGUGUGGCUUCUCGGUGCGCCUGUGGCAGAUCUUCCACUCACAGGUGAGAUGGACCAAUCCCCGAGCCGAUGGUCCAUCUCACCGGGCGAUGUUCACGAUGGCUGAAGGGCUUAUUCGCGGAGCGGGUGAGGCAAGCAGAGAAAGAAAGCACCACCAGCCGACAUGAUGCCUGUCUGUCUGUGUUGAUGUUACAGACAUCGUCUGACGCAUCAGCUGCUGUCCCUGCCUCUCAUGUGCCGCAACACCUCUUACCGACGGUCGCCGAGUACGUCAGGAGCUACUCACAGCUGGAGGCCCUCAUCGACGCCCAUCCCACCCAAUUCACCGCCGCCGUCCUCCUGCCCAUCCUCAAGCGGCGCCUGUCCGUUGUGGUGGCCGCCAUCUUUGGCGCUUUAGUGGAGGUGCCCCUCCCUCAGCUGACUCAAGGUGUGGUCAUCACUGCCCUCAUCGAACAGCUCACACGCCGACUGUUUAUGCUCGAGAGGGGCGGCGACUGGGCCAGAUGGCGGCCUCACCUGGAGAUGCUGUACUUGCUGAGGGGCAUGAGGCCUGUGGUGCUGAGUGACGACAGCUUCGGCGUCUUCGGCAGCCGGGCGGCCUUUCUGGAUGAGAGGGAGGCCGUCCGGCAGUGGAAGAUAUUCAGCUGGGGGGUCACUGUCACUGAUCAUGGAGGCCAACAGAUAGAGCUGAUGAACGGCGACUACAUUCUCCCCCUUGGGUCGAUGUCCCACCGUCGCCCCACCCUCAUCCCCUCUGCCAGCCCCGUCUUCCCUGACGCAUUCGACCCCGCCGACCCACCCACUGAGCUGACAGGCCCCUCGACGUACUCCAGCUACACAUCAAUGGUGGCAUUCGUCCUGUUCUACUGGCUCGAACGCGGCGGCCACAUCCGUUACAUCAGGUCCUGGGUGUCUUACUGUCGUGCCUCUGCUGCACGCCGGCGUGUGGGUGCGGUGCUGGUGGCCCCUCCCAGCGAUGAGGCACACUGGGGAGCGGGGGCUGUCGACAGGAAGUGCCACAGUUGGGAGCGGUCUUCACAGUGGCGGCUGGUGGUGCUGGGGAGUGAGGCGAUGAGCGAGGGGCACAUGGCGGUCAUUCAGCUGUGCGAGUGGGGGAAUUACUGGGUGGAUAUCUUCACGACCGAGCCGGCCCCCCACGACAAGACGUGCACUGUUGUGAUGAGAGUGCUGGGGGAUCAGCUGGGGGGAAUGGUCUGGCGGGAGGAGAAUGAGGACAGGGAAGGUACGGCCCGCACUGUGAUGUGAUCGGGGGCUUUGCCGAUAUGUCGAUUUUCCAUCCACGACAGACAGAGGGUUGCUUGGCGGCUAAUGAGAGGGGAGACAGACAGACAGACAGACCGACAGACAGCUGGGCGACGGGUUUUUCCUCUGUGCCCGUCUGCUUGCAUGGGUCUCUGUGUGCAUUCCGUUGGCUGCAUCCUGUGUAUGUCUGUCUGGUGAGUGAGGCAUGGCGUGACUGACGUGUGUCUGUGUCAAUGGCACAUGCGAAUGAACGAGCCCCGUGUCUCUCGAUGGGCAAAAUGCACGCCUCUGUCAUUCAGGCUUUCAUCAAUAUAGCACUCUGUGUGUGUUGGAUGGGGGCAUGGAUGACCGUGUUGGUUUGAG